AUGGAAAAAAACAAUGAAGUAAAAGAUUUUCAUUUCGAAAUUGAUGGAGAAAUUUUUACCAAAUCGUUUGAACCGGACGUGAAACUUGAGGAUGUGCGAAAAAAAUUAGCAGAAAGACGAGAUAACUGGAAAGCAGAAAAACUUCUAUUUAAACAAGAUAAUAGACGAAUAUACCAUGAAGAUGAGUCCGAUUAUACAUUAAAUAAACUUCGUAAAUCUGAUAAAUCCAUAAUCUACGUUGAGAAUUUGUUAAAGGAGAUUAAAGUUCAUAUUGAUGAUGAAAAGUUACCUCUCUCGCUAGACCCUGAAGAUAAAUUAAAGGAUAUUCAUACAAUACUUAUUGAAAUUGUUAAUGAUAAAGUUAACGAAAGUAGGAAAGAUUUUAAGUUUCGAUGGAAGAACGGAAAAUUCGUUAGCGAAUUCGAAGUUAUUAAGAACAAAUUAAAAAACAUUUUAGUAAAUGGCAAUGAGUUAUAUAUCACCACCCUACAAAGAGGCAAGGUCAUGAUUUACAGUGGUCAUAGUAAGACUCCUAGCAAACCACUCAGGCAUAUUUUAGAUAAAGGGAAAAGUCUUGCUGAAAUCCGGGAAGAACUUGAAAAUACUUUGAUAGAACAAAGUCAUCUCUAUAUGUGUCCAAAUUGCUGUUUUCUAGAUCAAGAUAAAGCUCGUAUUUCUAUCUCUGAAGAAAGUAAUCUAAAAUUAGGUGAAAUUUUAUUAAUUGAGGACGGCAAAAAUGUUUUAAAUGUUAUUAGAGAUACUUGUCAAGAACAUGAGCAUGAUUUGAUUAAACUGAUUAAUAAGUGCGGAUAUGGAUUUAUUAUUAAGAAUGGUUCAGUUGAACAGGCCAUACACCGCGCAUUUACAAUCGUAAAUGCACCAAAAUAUCGUUUUUUAGAAGAUGGUGGAUACGAAGAAAGUUCAUUUGAAUGCAAAAAUGAAUUUAGUGAUUUAUGCGAUCGAAAUUUUAUUACGUUUGGAAAUGUCAAAACAUCUAUUUUACCUUGGGUCUCGGUUUUUUUUGGAGUUGAUUAUAGAUCCUCACUUAGCAAAUUAAAAAAUCAUAAAAAAGCCAUAAAAUAUUCAUAUGCAAAGUUGAGGAAAGCAUAUAUAAACAUUUCGAAAGAUAACAUUUCUGUAACCCCCGAAUUUAAUAAAGAAGUUAAAAAAGCAUUAAAAGAAGAAACUCAGGAUAAAAAAGUAGAAAAUCUUAAGAAAAUUGCAGAAAAGUAUGGCUACUUCUAUGCAAGCUCUGUUUACUUUGGAGGCGUUAUCGUUGAGAGGUUAGAAAACAUAAAUCAGUCAAACGAAUACGAAAGUUCUAAAGAAUUAGAUAUCACAGCUAAUAGUAAACUAAAAUAUGCUGAUGUCAAUGCUGAUGUUGCUUUGAAAAGAAAAAAGGGUAACAAAAAAGUGAUAGACAUUACUAAUUAUCAUCGCAUUGUAAAGGGAGGCGAUGAGUCGAAAUUUAAACCAAAAGAUCGUCCUGAAUGGAUCGAUUCAAUUAAAGAUUCUGAAGAAUGGAAAAUAAUUGAAUAUCACAAGAUCUUUUCUAUUUUCAGCUUAUUAGAAGAAAGUUUGCAAAAAGACGUUAUAGAAGCUUUGGGAAAGAGAAUUUUAAAAGUGCAAUUCGAAUCAAUUGAAUUUCCAAGCAAAAGUAAUCAACAUGUAUAUGAACUAAGCAAUAAAUUAGAUUGUAUUCCUAAAGAUAGCAUAAAAGAUUGUCAUAUAUUCACUACAGUUUUGAAAAAAAACAAAGAUAGGCAUAUAUUUUCUUCAUAUGUAUCUUACGAUGGUCGUUCCGACAAACCAAAAAUUAUUAUUAAUCGUGUUCCUAACACAAAUAGACAGGAUUCAACCACUACUGCAAUUUUUAAAAUUAUUCGUUUGCAAGACUUUGUUAUUGAAGAUUUUAAACAGAAAAAAGUCAAAUGGAAUAACAAGAAUCCAAUGAAAAAAUCAAGUGUCUGGCAUUCGAAAAUAGACUUAAGUACUAAUGGAAGUCUCAUUGACAAGAGUCUCAUAUUUAAAGAUCAAACUUAUCUUAAUAAUAAGUGUCUAACGAAAAAAUCAAUUAUCCAGUAUUUGAAAAGAAAUAAGUAUAAUAUUGAUAAAGGUCCCAUAUUUAUAAAUCAACUUUUCAACGAUACAUGUCCUAAUAAUAAUUGUCAUGGAAUAAUUAAUGUUUCUCCCGAACAUUUUCAGCUUAGAAUUUUAAAUAAUAAAUCUGCAACAAGAAAAUCGAAAAUUUCUUAUUUUCGUAUUCCUCAAGAAAUAAAUGUAUUAUAUUCAUAG